GUUUGCAGUGUAAAUUUUCAGUGAGUUCUCAGUACAGCACAGAAGAGAGUAUGGCAGAAGAAACGAAUAUUGAAAAUUUGUUAACUAGGGAAGAUAGAUAUUAUUGUCACAAAUGUCAAUCAGAAGUUCGAAACCUUUUACCUGGCUUCCAGUGUCCAUCAUGCCAGUAUGGCUUUGUAGAGCUGAUGGAACAGCCGGAAGCCAAUGAUGAAAGUGAUUCAUCAUUCUCCGAUGUUGAUGACUUUCACCCGGUUGAAAUGUUGAGCUCAAUUCUAUCUUCGGAAUUGGCAGGCACGGGUGGAGGGCGUAGAGGAGCUCGGAGGAACAGAGACAGAUUGGAGCCGGUGGAAAACAUUCUACAAGAUCUGCUGUUGAAUUUGGCCGGACUUGGAUGGGCUGGCCAAUGGAACACGCAGGGCACCUAUCGCAAUGCUGCCAACGGCCACCCUGUGUUAUUCCUGGGCAACCCGGGCGACUAUGCGUGGAGUCGCGAGGGCCUCGACGCCAUUGUAACACAACUGCUGAAUCAGAUGGACGGCACAGGCCCCCCGCCCCUCGCCAAGGACAAGAUACAGAAGAUACCCACGGCCACCAUCACUCAGGAUCAAGUGGAAGCGAGCCUGCAAUGCUCGGUGUGCUGGGAAGACUUCCGGGCGAGCGAGCAGGUGCGCAAACUGCCCUGUGAACAUGUCUAUCACGACGCAUGCAUCAUUCCGUGGCUGGAGCUGCACGGCACGUGUCCCAUCUGCAGACAGACGCUGUGUGCUGCAGACGACGCCAGCGGUCCAGCUGCAGCAGCUGCAGACGCGCAAGGGCCCAACAAUCUCGGCCCGUUGGCUACCUUCUUCAGGAAUCUGCAAGACGCCUCCCCAGGUCGCAAUUUAACCAAUGCAGUGCUUGGUAGUAUGGCAGCUGCUACAGCCAAUCCCCCCGCUACCCCUUCAUCAUCAUCUUCUUCUUCCUCCUCAUCCUCCUCCUCCUCCUCAUCUUCUUCAUCCUCCUCCUCCUCCUCCUCCUCGACCAGGUCAAAUAGAUCGACGGGAAGGGGGGCUGGCGGCGGAGGUGGUGCUAAUAACAUGAACUGGACUAUGGAGUACGAAUAGUAAG